AUGCUCCUCCUGGCGCUGCUCGUGCUGCUCGCCCUGCCGCUCUACUCCGUCUACUGCGUCUACAAGCCGCCGCGCUUCCUCAUCGGCUACCUGCGCAACAAGUUCCCCGACGUGCUCUUCGAAGAACCCACCACGGAGAAGAUCAUUGCGCUGUCGCUUGACGAUGCUCCCUCGGCGCACACGGACGAGAUUAUGCAGGUGCUGCGCGAAAACGACGCCCACGCUACGUUUUUUGUUAUCGGGCAGCAGGUUGAGGGUCGAGAGGCGAUAUUGAGGAAGUUGGUUGCGCAGGGCCAUGAGCUGGGGAAUCAUGCUAUGCGCGAUGAGCCGUCUAGCAGUUUGAGCAACGACGAGCUCGAGAGGCAGGUCAAGGAGGUCAAGGCGCUGCUGACGACGGCGUACGAGGCAGAGGGCAAGAUUUUGCCUAAUAAUUACUUCCGGCCUGGGUCUGGCUGGUUCAACCAUCGCAUGAGGGACCUGCUGGGCAAUCGUGGCUUUCGUAUCGUUCUGGGGAGCAUAUACCCUCACGACCCUCAGAUUCCUUACCCUACGACUAAUGCUAAGCAUAUUCUGAGUAUGGCACAUCCCGGAGGCAUUAUUAUCUGUCACGAUCGAAGAGGGUGGACGGCUCCGAUGUUGCGGAUUGUGCUGCCGGAACUGAAGCGGCAGGGAUACAGAAUCGUCACCAUUACGGAUCUUGUGACGUCGGUUGAGCCAUUGGGAGGUCGAUCAUGGUGA